ACAGCAGCGCCAGUAGUAGUGAGCGAGCAGCAAGAGGGUUUUGAUGGCUAGCGAACAGCACAGCACCAUUCGCGACGCCCCAAGUGUUGUUGUAUGCUGGCCAGUUUGUUCCACUGGAUCGCAGGUUUGGCACUGAUUUUAUUUACGAUCCACUACCUGUACUAUAUCGUGACGGCGCUACGUUCCCCGAUCAGCAGAAGCAGUACCAACAGUAGAGACAACAGCAGAACCUACGGCGGUGGCGGCCACCACAUGCAGUCCGAGGACGCAAAAUAUAUUAAGAAACGAUGGAAGGGUGGAACCAUCGAGCCACAUCCGACGGAGAAGGCCCUCAUCGUCAACUACAAACUGGAGGCGGCCGUUUUUGGGGAACCCGGCGAUCCCAUGCUGGAGGAUAGAAAGGAUUGCCAACGGAUAAUCCGUCUGAAAUCGCUGAACGCCAAAACCGACCCUGCCGUUCUGGCCCGUGAAGUGGUGGACAAAUGUGAUCUCAUUCAUAAAUCCCAACUGUCCGACAUCGAACAGAUAAUUUACUACCUGAAGAAUCGGAAAAAUGUGGAAACUCCAGCAACGGCCACCGGACAGCGGUCGGCAGUGCGUCCCACCGGUGUUGCAACCGGUGGCAUCGGUGGACUCAACGGAAACGCAUCCGGCAAAAUGAACGGCCACGAUGCGGAAAAGGCUACCAUACGGAACAUUGACGAGUACAUCGAGCUGUUGUACGAAGACCUACCGGAAAAGAUCAAGGGAUCCCGGUUGAUUCUGCAACUGGCCCGAGAUCCUGACAAUUUGGGCGAACUGGAGAAGAACGAAGCUGUUCUGAGCGCACUCUCGCGGGUGCUCCGCGAAGACUGGCGACGAUCCUUGGAUCUCUCCACCAACAUAAUCUACAUAUUUUUCUGCUUUUCAACCUACACAAAUUUCCAUUCGGUUAUUGUUAACUACAAGAUCGGAUCCCUGUGCAUGGACGUGAUCGACUACGAACUCCGGCGGUACGAUCAAAUGAAGAACGACUUGGAUGCCCGGAAAAGCAGCAGUGCUGGUAGUGAGAAGGGUAAGGAAAAGGAAAAAGAAGUCAAUAAGAGUGCCGAAUAUCUAGACACGAUCAUCGAUCAAGAGAAGCCCAAAGAAAUGGAACCUCCGCGCAGAAGGAUACCGGAGCUGAAGCAACGGCCCAAAUCGGGCAACUGGGCCAGCUAUCAUGGGAGCAUGAGCUCAUCACUCGUUAAGGCACAUGCAAUGAACAAUAGUUAUCACGAGCAGUUGAACAAGGAAACUACGGCUUCCAACGAUAGUCUUAAUAAUCAAUCGCCGGAAAGCGAAAAACCCGAUCCGAAGAAGCAGAAAGACGACUACGACAAAAUUAACAAACAGUUCAAAAUCUUCGCCAAGAAGCAGGAGCAGCUUUUAAGAGUAGCGUUCUACCUGCUGCUAAACAUUGCCGAGAACGUCAAAUUAGAGGAGAAAAUGCGCAAAAAGAACAUCGUGAAGAUGUUGCUCAAAGCGCUGGAACGCCAAAAUUUCGACCUGCUAGUUUUGGUCGUGACGUUUCUCAAGAAACUUUCGAUCGUCCGCGACAACAAGGACGAAAUGUACGAACUAAACAUCGUGGAGAAGCUCCCGCGUCUUUUGCAAUCGCAGAAGGACCUGGUGCAGGUGACGCUCAAACUGCUGUUCAAUCUAUCCUUCGACGCUCGACUGCGCGCGAAAAUGAUACGAGUGGGCUUCCUGCCGAAGUUGGUCACCUUUUUGAGCGAUGAUAAGCAUCACGAAAUUGUGACCAAGAUUCUCUACCACAUGAGUCUGGACGAUAAGAUUAAAUCGAUGUUCACCUACACGGACUGUGUCCCGGUGGUUACGGAUAUGUUGCUGUUGAACCUGAAUCAGAAGUCCGAUCCGGAUUUGAUCGCCUUGGGUAUCAAUUUGGCAUUGAACAAACGCAAUGCGGCCAUGAUGAUCGAGAACAAUCGACUGCAUAACUUGAUGUCCCGGGCGUUCAAAUAUCAAGACACUUUGAUGAUGAAGCUGAUCCGCAACAUUUCGUUGCAUGAGUCACUAAGGAUGCAUUUUGUGGAUUUCGUUGGAGAUCUAGCGGAAAUUCUAACCAAAUGUGAAGAUGAGGAAUUUACCGUCGAAUGCUUGGGCAUGCUGGGUAACUUGGCGUUGCCUGAUUUGGACUACUCGCAAAUCAUUCACAACUUCAAUCUUAUUCCACUGAUUCGGAACAUGCUGGUACCAGGCAAAUACAAGGACGAUCUGGUGCUGGAAACGGUCGUCUUCCUCGGCACGUGCGCAUCGGAUGAAUCCUGCGCUAUGCUGCUGUGCAAAGCGGACGUGAUUCUGUCGUUGAUCGAACUGCUCAAGGCUAAGCAAGAGGACGACGAGAUGGUCCUGCAGAUAGUGUUCGUGUUUCAGCAGGUGCUUCGGAACGAGAGCACCCGGGUGUACAUGAUCAAGGAGACGGAAUCACCGGCGUAUCUGAUCGACCUGAUGCACGAUAAGAACACCGAGAUCCGGAAGGUGUGCGACCUGUGUCUGGACAUCAUCGCGAUCACCGACAACGAGUGGGCCUCUCGGAUUAAGUUGGAGAAAUUCCGCAACCACAACUCUCAGUGGUUGAGUAUGGUGGAGACGCAGGAGGAAACAGACGAUAUUCAGGACUAUGGACCGAUGGAUGAAGACGAUGGCGAUUUGCCGGCGUAUUUGACCGCAGACUAUCUGGACCAGUGUAUGCUGUACCAGUCGGGCGAGUCGAACGAUGACGGCGAAAGUAACAACCGGUCCACGUCGGCUAUGUCUAACUACAGCAGACCCAUGAGUCGCUACAGUCGCGAUUUAGAGGACUUCGAAGUGGUAUCCUAGGGAGAGCUUUCGCCUUAGUCAGCUGAUCUGCCAUCAAGUCGCAUUCGUCUAUCCCGAGAAGAAGUGUGACCGCGAACAAUAAAUACAAAACCGAAUAAACAUAAACAGCAUGACAAACCCAAAUACAAAAUAAUGAUACAAAUCAAUUAGGAAGGCACAGUGGCGUAGCCAGGGGGGUGGUUUUGGGCAUAAAACCCCCCCCAGAGACAAAAUUUUCAGAAGAAAUUUUUUUUUUCGAAAAAAAAAAUGUUCGGAAAACCCCCCCCAGACCAAUUUUCUGGCUACGCCACUGGGAAGGCAUAACCCGUUGUUGUUGGCAUAAGGAGGCUACAGAGUAGAACUUUUGAUGGACCCCCUUGCGAUCCUCCAGGCUCCGUUAUUACGAUGUUGGUAUUACUAGAUUCCUACGACCGAGAGCGGCGAACUAUUUUAAAGAUAAACAAAUCAGAAUGUAUUUAUAGACAGCCCUAUUAAGUAACAAAAAAACAGCUAUGCAAUGCUCAGCCUUAGUGACCGCGUUAGUGCUAGUGAGUUAGUAGCAGCGAUGCCUUUUUUUCCUGUACUGCGAACCUUCUUCUUGGAAAAAUGAAACCAUACCAAAGCUGAAUCUCCCAAAUUUGAAUGCAGACAAAAAAUAAGCUUGAGUGCGGCAUUUGUAGUUAUUGUAUUUAUCACCGCACGAUUUCCUCCCGCUGAAUUUGUGUGCGCAAAAAUAAUCACGCUUGAAAAAAGAGUGCUGCUUUCAAUCCGAGCAAAUAUUAUUCUUAUACGCGACAUCACAGUGCUAAUGAUCGCGUGAUGAGGAAAUUUGCCCUUUACUACCACGUAGCGGAGAUAAGGGAGUGUGUGCGAAUGAAACCCAUUAAUUCUAGUCUUCUUUAAUUUGUGAUAAUGAGAUUCCAGUUUUUAAGUUACGACUAUUACUCUGUUCGAAUUAUGUUUGAAUGGCUUCUUCCCGAUUGUAGAGUUUGCUAAGCAUACGGGAAUGAUCAGUGUUAUUAUACGCUUCUUGAAAUUAUCAUGAUGGUUCAACAGUGUAAUGUAGAUUGCUUUAGUUGCAGUAUUUUAUAGUCCUGAGCAUCCUUAUCAAAUUUUAAACCCCUUAGAUAUAUGUUUGUGUCUCUAUAAACCAGUGCGAAUACGAAGACAAAGGAAACCAAAAAUUCGACAAAAAUAGAAUAUAUAAAUAAUUUUAUCCAUUCUUGUGA